AUGUCGGCCACAGAAAAAUCAGCGUUACCGUUCUCUGAACAGCAUUACUUUUCAUCGUAUGAUCACUUUGGAAUCCACGAAGAGAUGUUGAAAGACACUUCCAGAACAUUGGCCUAUCGUCAAGCCAUGUUUAAGAACAAAGAUUUGUUCAAGGGAAAGAUUGUGUUGGAUGUUGGAUGUGGAACUGGUAUUCUUUCCAUGUUUGCCGCUAAGGCAGGAGCCAAACACGUAUAUUCUGUUGAUAUGUCUAACAUCAUUGAGAAGGCUCGAGAAAUUGUUAGUCUCAAUGGGUUUGAUGACAAAAUUACCUUGUUACAAGGUAAAUUGGAAGACAUUGAGUUACCAGUUGAUAAGGUUGACAUCAUUGUUUCUGAAUGGAUGGGAUAUUUCUUACUUUAUGAGUCUAUGUUGGAUACAGUUUUAUAUGCUCGUGACAAGUACUUGGCUGAAGGUGGUUUAAUUUUACCUGAUAAAUGUUCUAUGCACAUUGCUGGUAUUGAAGAUGGCCAAUAUAAGGAUGAUAAGGUUCACUUUUGGGAAGACGUUUAUGGAUUUGACUAUUCUCCUUUUAUUGAAGUUGUCAUGGCUGAACCAUUGGUUGAUACUGUUGAGAACAACUCCCUUAUUACCACUGGCAGCAAAUUCUUUGAAUUUGAUAUUAAUACCGUGACUAAGGAAGAAUUGGCUUUCACCAGCAAUUUCCAGGUUGAAGCCAUUGAUAACGAUCUUUGUCAUGCUUACAUUGUUUGGUUUGAAUGUGACUUCCCUGGUAAUGAAAAGGUCCGUUUAUGUACUGGACCAAUGCAUCAAUACACUCAUUGGAAGCAAACUGUGUUUUACAUGGAUCAAGUUUUAGAUUUGAAGAAAGGUGAUCUCAUCAAGGGUUCCAUUUCUUCAAGACCUAACGCUAAAAACCCCAGAGAAAUUGAUAUUGAAAUUUCUUGGGAUAUGCAAGCAUCCACCAAUGAUAAAUCUAGAAACCAAAAUGGUAAAUACAACUACUUCAUGAGAUAA